CGAAAGCAGAGAAGCCAGUAAGUUAUCGAGGUUGCGGGAUUUAACAGCCCGCACUACCUUUAAGCUUGAUUCAUCAAAAGAGCCAAUAGGUGGGGACUAUGCACCUUCGAAAGCCAUACUUCUACAAACAGCAAUCUCAAAAACCGAUUUGGGAAUUCAAGGACAUGGUCGAGAAUGCUCUCGUUCACGGACUUUUCGCAGAUCACGUUGCCAGGCAUAUAUAAUUGAACAAGAAAUCCACUUGAUCUUCAUCAAUUUCAAGUUACAAUUCAAAAUGAGAUUCCUUUCGCUUUCCUCUGCUGUUGCUGCUCUUGCUUCCCUCGCUGCUGCUGAAGAGCUUACCACUUUCUCUCUUGUUAUCAACAGAGAUGGAGCAAUUUUCACCAAAGUUCUAACCUCCACUGUUGGUAACACUGAUAUCGGAUAUGCCCAGCAAUAUGUCACCAACACCAACAUCCACGUUUACACCGUCGGAGAUGCUGAGGCUUCCUCCUCUUUCUGGGCCUACGUUAACGGUGCUACCGCCACUGAAUCUUCUUCUGCUACCUCCACUGCAGAGGCCACUUCCUCUACUGAGGCCUCUUCUUCGGAAGUUACCUCUGCCCCUGAAUCAUCUGAGGCCACUGCCACUUCCUCCAGUGCUGCUGAGCUGACUACUGAGACUGUUGUUCUGUACAAGAACAACCACCUCUUCACCAAGGUCGUCACCAACACCGUUGGCAUUAUCAACCCUGAAAGAGCUGCUGCCUCUGGAAACACCAAUGUUUUGGCUUACACCGUUGGUGACUCCAGUGCUUCUGCUUCCUUCUACUCUGCUCUGUACGAGAAAACUGCUGCAGCUCAGUCUUCUCAGGCUUCUAGCAGCCCAGCAGCUGUCUCUUCUCAGGUCUCUAGCAGUCCUGCAGCUGUCUCUUCCCAGAGCUCUGCUGCUGCCUCCUCUAGUGCCGAUAUUGCUACUUACGAGGGUGCUGCUGCCCAGAAUGUUGCUAUGGUCGGCAUGGGUGCUUUGCUCUCUGGAAUGGCCGUUCUUCUUAUGUAAGUUGUCAUGCGGUCUCUAUAGCUUUCAAAUACACUUUUGCAAAGCUAUUUAAUUCUUUUGAUAUCCCAAUUUCUAAAUACUGAUUGACUUCAAUAGUAUGGC